CAGCAGGACCAAAAACGUUACGCUUCAUCUCAAUCCCUGUUCACAUCUAAAGAUCCCUUCUACCUUUAGUUCAUGGUUGUGUGUGCAGGUACGAUGUGAGCUAAUUCUUCCUGAUUCCUCCACAGAUUUGAGCAGCAGAGCUCAGAGUCUUCCAUUCGUCAGUCUGUCCAGCAGCAGCAAACAGAUCUGGACUCCACAUUAAUGAUGCUGGAGGAGAACAUUGUCAUGUUUGUGAAGAAGGAGAUGAAGAACAUCCAGAGGGUUCUGAGUGCAGAUUACCCAGAAUCCAUAGAAAAUCAGAGUGAGGAUGAGAAGGUGUUUGAGGGUGAGAAUGAAGAACAAAGAAGAAGCAAACGAGCAUUUGUGAAGAUCGCAUUGUUCUUCUUGAGGAUAAUGAAGCAGGAAGAGCUGGCUGACUGUCUGCAGAGCAAACAAGUUGCUGCUGUUUGUCAACAAAAAGUCAAGUUUAAACUGAAGAACACAUGCAAGUGUGUAUUUGAAGUGAUAGCAAAGGCAGGAAAUCCAACCCUUCUGAAUGACAUCUACACGGAACUCUUCAUCACAGAGGGAGGGACAGCUAAAGUCAAUCAAGAACAUGAAGUCAGACAGAUUGAAGCUGGGUCCAGUGAACAAGACAUGAAGGAAACAAAAAUCAGACCUGAAGACAUAUUCAAACUGCUACCUGGAAGAGUUGAACCAAUCAGAACAGUAAUGACGAAGGGGAUGGCCGGUAUUGGAAAAACUGUCCUAACGCAGAAGUUCACUCUGGACUGGGCUGAAGGCAAAACCAACCAAGACAUCCAGUUCACAUUUCCAUUCACCUUCAGAGAGCUCAACGUGCUGAAAAAGACAAAGUUCAGCUUGGUGGAACUUAUUCAUCGCUUAUUCCCUGAAACCAAAGGAAUCUGCAGGUUUGAGAAGUUCGGGGUUGUCCUCAUCUUCGACGGUCUUGACGAGUGUCGACUUCCUCUGAACUUCCACAACAAUGAGGUCCUGACUGACAUUACAGAAUCCAGCUCUGUAGAUGUUCUGCUGACAAACCUCAUCAGGGGGAAACUGCUUCCCUCUGCUCAAAUCUGGAUCCUCACAAGACCUGCAGCUGCCAGUCUAAUCCCUCCUGACUGUGUUGACAUGGUGACAGAAGUCAGGGGAUUUAAUGACACACAGAAAGAAGAGUAUUUCUGGAAAAGAUUCAGAGAUGAAGAGGAGGUCAACAGGAUCUUCUCUCACAUCGAGACAUCACGAAGUCUCCACAUCAUGUGCCACAUCCCCAUCUUCUGCUGGAUCACUGCUACAGUUCUGGAGAAACUGUUGAAAACCACAAAGUCAAGAGAGCUCCCCAAGACCAUGACUGAGAUGUACAUCCACUUCCUGGUGGUUCAGGCCAAACUGAAGAAUGUCAAAUAUGAUGGAGGAGCUGAAACAGAUCCUCACUGGAGUCCAGAGAGCAGGAAGAUGGUGGAGUCUCUGGGAAAACUGGCCUUUGAGGAGCUGCAGAAAGGAAACCUGAUCUUCUAUGAAUCAGACCUGAGAGAGUGUGACAUCAAUAUCGGAGAAGCCUCAGUGUACUCAGGAGUGUUCACACAGAUCUUUAGAGAGGAGAAAGGAUUGUACCAGGACAAGGUGUUCUGCUUCAUUCAUCUGAGUUUUCAGGAGUUUCUGGCUGCUCUUCAUGUCCAUCUGACCUUCACCAACUCUGGUGUCAACCUCUUAAAGGAACAACAGCUGGACACCUGUAAUAAGUCUGAAAGGAAAAGAGAUGGAGCUGACGAGAGAACUUUCUACCAGAGUGCUGUGGACAAGGCCUUGCAGAGUCCAAAUGGAAAUCUGGACUUGUUCCUUCGCUUCCUUCUUGGUCUUUCACUUAAAACCAAUCAGAGUCUCCUACAAGGUCUGCUGACUAAAACAGGAAGGAGUUCACAGAUCAAUUCUGAAGCAGUCCAGUACAUCAAGAAGAAGAUCGAGGAGAAUCCAAGCCCAGAGAAGUGCAUCAAUCUGUUCCACUGUCUGAAUGAACUUAAUGAUCAUUCUCUGGUCGAGAAGAUCCAACAGUACCUGAGUUCAGGCAGUCUCUGCACAGACAAACUGUCUCCUGCUCAGUGUUCAGCUCUGGUCUUCAUCUUACUGUCAUCAAAAAAAGACCUGGAGGUGUUUGACCUGAAGAAAUACUCGGCUACAGAGGACGCUCUACUGAGGCUGCUGCCAGUGGUCAAAGCUUCGAAGAAAGCUCUACUAAGUCUCUGUAAUCUGUCAGAGAGAAGCUGCAAAGCUCUGUCUUCAGUUCUCAGCUCUAAGUCCACCAGACUGACAGAACUGGACCUGAGCAACAACGAGCUGAACGAUUCAGGAGUCAAGACGUUGUCUGUAGGACUGAAGAGUCCAGGAUGUGAACUGGAAACACUGAGACUGUCAGGCUGUCUGAUCACAGAGAAAGGCUGUGCUUCUCUGGCAUCAGCUUUGAGCUCCAACCCGUCCCAUCUGAAAGAGUUGGACCUGAGCUACAAUUAUCCAGGAAAAUCAGGGGUGAAGAUCCUCUCUGCUGGACUGAACAAUCCACAUUGGAAACUGGAAAAUCUCAGGAUGGAGCCUGCUGGAAUCCAGUGGAUGAAACCAGGUCUGAAGAAGUGUAAGUCGUUUUUCAUGAGAUUAAUGAAAACAAAGCAGCUUCAAACUAUCACACAACCAUUCAUGAGUCAAUCAGUGAUGACAGAUCAAUAACUCCAGCAGGGUUUUUUUUUUUCUCUAUC